AUGGCGUCGGAGCAUCGCGACAUCUUUAAAGACAUUCAACACUUUCCCAAGCACAGCGCCGCCUACACAAUGGAAUACAUCCGCCCGUUCAACAGGUAUCAUGCCAAGUACCUUGUCAAGCGACACAUAUCGAAAUGCGUUCAAGACCGCGCCUUUGGCAGUGCUUUAGCUCCGCACUUCCUGGCCAAGGUACGAAUGGGCGACCUCCAGCCGCUUGCCGACAGAUGGCAAACCGAGCUUCGAGAUCGCCCGGCUUACAUCGAUCAACUAUACGCCGAGCGGGUUGACAUCUGCUCCCUUGCAAGCUCCAUGGGAUCGGCUCUGGGCGCCUUGCACUGGGCGUGCGGCAUCGACGCUGCCGGCGUUGACUUCAUGCUAGGAUGCGACAAAAGUGGCCAUGUCCAGCUUUGGCUCAUCGACUUUGCGAAUUGCAAGCCGUUCCGACGGACGGCUCGGGCCGUCACCACGCAUCUCGUGAAUGCGGUGAUGCAGAAUGGGGCGUGCUGGCCGCGGUGGAUAGACUCACCAGCAUACCGGGAUGCGUGGGCGACCUUUCGUCGAGCUUAUCUAGAAAUGUCGGUGCAUAUCUUCACAGAUGACAACGAGGGCACGGCAACAGCUUUUCUACCAUUAUUGUUUAUUAAUGAGUUGGAGGCGAUGAGGGGUCCCGGAGGGAUAUUGUCCUAA